UUGUUAUGAGGGUAUCCGAGGAGUAGGAGAUCAGAGUUCACUAAUAAACCUUGGCAAAGUUCAGAUAAACACGCCCAUCCCGGUUCUCCUAUAACUCCAUAAAAACUCAAACCUACUCAUUAGUUUGGGUCAGUCGAAGGGGAUAACAGCAAGCUUCUCUUUGAUCAGUCAGUCACACAAAGACGAAUCCACUUAGAUCAAGAAUUCAACAUCGACUGGGUGACAAUCACCCGUCAUGGCGGUUCAUCAACUGCAUUAUAUUGCUGUGGUCGUCGUCCUCAUCGUUUCGUCGUCACACGCUUUCGACAUCAGUUACAACGCAACUCAUUUCUAUGUUUCUCUGAACGGAGUUGAGCUCAUCCGCCAUUCUCCCGAAGAACCGUUUCUUUAUGUCGGGUCUGGCAUACCAACCUUCGAAGGCCAGUUUGGCAACUACGAUGUCGAGGACUUUGUCGAGGAGCGCAUUGCCCUUAUCGACUUUCUUGUUGACGACCAGGAUCCAAUUAGUGUCCAUUUUACUUUAAGUCGACUAGAUAUGCUGCAGGUUGAAAUCCGCUUCGUAACAGACGUUGAUGGUUCGUUAUACUACGGUGAGUUCGUGAGUCUCUCUGAUGGUAUCAAUCGAGUGUGGAUGCGCCUCGUCGCAGAGGAGGAUGAACACGUGUUCGGUGGAGGAUCACAGUUCUCUCAUUUGAACAUGCGAGGGAAAAAGUUCCCAAUCUGGAUCCAAGAACAAGGAGUUGGGCGAGACAAGAAUUACGAGAUCACGUUCAAGGCUGACCAACGGGACGGCGGGGGUGGCGACUAUUAUACAACCUACUGGGCUCAACCAACGUUCGUCUCGUCUCGCUUGUACUAUGCCCACUUCGACACCACCACCUACUCUGAGCUGGACUUCCGAGCUGAUGACUUCCACGAGAUCCAAAUCUGGGGGAACUCCCCCAGCCAGUUCCACUUCUUCACCGGAAGCAGUUACAUUGAGCUUUUGCAGGGGCUAACGGGAUACCUAGGAAGGCAGCCAAUGCCUCCUGAAUGGAUUUACAAUGGCACUAUCCUAGGGGUACAAGGGGGCACCGAAGCCAUGCUCAACUACAUUCAGAUGGCCGAGGACCAUGGAAUCAAAGUGAGCGGCGUUUGGAUCCAGGAUUGGGCUGGACGCAUCACUACGUCUUUUGGAAGACGUCUGUUCUGGAACUGGGAAUGGAGUCCCGAGCAGUACCCCAACCUCGAUACGGUCAUACCAGAGCUCAAACAGCGAGGUAUCAGGGUUCUCGUCUACGCAAAUCCAAAUCUCAAUAGAUUAGGAGGUCUGUACCAGGAAGCUGUCAACGCAGACUUCCUUAUCAAGAACAGCUCUGGUGAUCCUUAUAUAGUUGAUUAUGGUGAAUUCUUCUGCGGGAUUGUCGACUUCACAAAUCCAAAUGCGAGCCAGUGGUACAAGGACCGCAUCAUCAAACAGAAUAUGCUGGAUUUGGGUAUCAGUGGUUGGAUGGCGGAUUUUGGAGAGUACCUUCCGAUUGAUGCGGUGUUUUAUAGUGGAGCUAAGGGCACAGAUAUUCAUAACGAAUGGCCCGCCAUCUGGGCUCAAGUGAACAGAGAAGGGGUCGAGGAGGGUGGAAAAAUGGGAGAUAUCCUAUUCUGGAUGCGUGCUGGGUAUACAGGAUCGCAGAGGUAUAGUGUCAUGACAUGGGCUGGUGAUCAGUUUGUCGACUAUGGUCUAGCUGAUGGCAUCGCGUCCGUAAUCCCUGGUACAUUAUCCUUGGGUAUGUCCGGCUACGGGAUGAACCAUUUCGACAUCGGAGGCUACACAUCUCUCUUCGAUGUCACCAGGACCGAGGAACUCUUCCUUCGCUAUGCCGAGAUGGCAGCCUUCACCACCAUGAUGCGCACACACGAGGGUAACCGUCCCGACGAGAACUGGCAAUUCUACUCCAGCUCACACACCAUGUACGAGUUCGCCCGUCACACGAAGAUAUACGUGGCCCUGAACGACUACGUCAACAGCACUAUACGCGAGAACCACGAACUCGGCAUCCCCGUCCAGCGUCCACUCUUCCUCCAUUACGAGGACGACGAGCGUGUGUACAACAUCCAGUAUCAGUACAUGUUUGGUCGUGAUCUCCUGGUCGCUCCCGUGAUUGAGCAGGGUCGAGAAACCUGGGAUGUGUACCUCCCUACAGAUGACUGGAUAUUCCUUUGGGAUGAAGACAUCACUUCGGCUGGAGGCGAGACCCUCACAGUCCCUUCUCCGAUGGGUCACAUACCAGUCUUCUUUAGGUCACAAUCUCAGUGGGCUGACACUUUCAGACAGCUAAGAGAUAUCGAGGCGGUAACUGUCACCCCGGGACCGCCCGAAAGCAUGACAACUUCUCGAAGUUCCACAGCAAUGGCAUCACAUUUUCUUCUCGCCAUCUGCCUGACUAUUAUGGCGUCAUUUUGGUAGUUACUUUGUGUUGAUUCGUGUUGUGCAAGAUGUAUUUCAAGCACUAAUCUCUAAAAGUAUAGGAUUAGAAAUCCACUUUUGAGAGAGUCAUAAUUAUGAGGGAUCAAUUCGUUUAGAGUGGAAAUCCACUCGAAAAGGAGUAAUUCAAUCACUACUUUGAGAGUAUUCUAAUAUAUUUGAGUAGAUUCAACUCGAAGUGAUCCCCAAAAGUGAUCCUCCUAAAAAGUGGAUUUUCCUCUUAUAUGAAUUAAGAAAGUAAGUAUUAUCCCGGCUUUAGCUUGGGCCAACCGUAGCGAUUAGUGCAUUCAAGGAAUUAUGCAAGUUACUACACCUGGGUGGAGUGUGGUAAAUGUAUAUUGAUAUCUUUCCAAUGGACGUUAUUGCUUCGGCAGGAAUUCGAACCCCGUACCUUGUGGUUCAUAAUCCGGACACUUAUUCACUACAUUACCACAUCUCUCCAUAUACCACAACACUUCUAGGCCUGCAGUAUUGUUAUGUUAAGAUAUCAUUCAUUUUAAAUAGCUCGUGUUUGUGUAGUAAUCAUUAUAUUCAAGAGCCUUGAUAGGCGGGAUAGCUGUGUGUUGUAUGGACACCACUGGCAUCAAAUGUCGGUGUGAUAAUAAUCAAAACUUCAUGAUCGUUGUUCUCUAAUUGGAUUCAUGUUUGGAAGGAAAAAAAAGUGCAAAGGACACAAAGAUAUAAUUAUUGGUAAAGAAGUGAACGCCCGAGCGCCUAAUCGCUGCAUCUCGGUUAAAGUAAUGGUAGUAAAUUAUUGUAUUCCCGUGAAAAUUUUGCUUCAUCAUGGAGCCAAUUAUUAAAAUUGUUAAAAUCAAGCCAUAAUAUACUGUAUAUAAAAACAAUGAUCACUACCGUAGAUACAAGGCUUCCUUUAUUAUACUUUUAUAAAUGUUACCAAUUGAAGAACAAUUUUUGUUGGAGGCCAAGGUUUUGUCUUGAUUAGAAUGAACAAGUUUCAAGUGUGUAUAGAUGAAGGACAUUUUAUAGUCUGCAUUUUUAAAUAUAAAGAUAUUCAUAUUAUUAAAUGUGUUUCACGUGCAUACAUGAACACGUACAUGAAACAACUCUUUGUAAUGCAACACAAAAUAAAGGAUGUGGACAAAAUCAAGAAGUAGCAUCGAAAGCUAGUUUUGUUGAUUCCACGCUGGUGUAAGCGAGAAACAAAUUAAAAUUCGUAAAAUGUCUUUUUCGUAAGGUAUUCCAUUAUAAUAGAGUUAGAAAUCACUUUGCACUGUAUCCAUUGUUUCUUGUUAUCAUUCAUAUUGCAGUUUGAAGCGCACUUUGAUACUGUCAGGGUGCACGGAGUUACUAUAUGCAUAAUCAGAAUUCUGUCAUAAAACAUAUAUUUAUUACUUUUUUAUAACCACUUUGCUUUGUCUAUAUCAUAAAUACCAUUGAUGACAAACUA